AUGGCAAAGAAUAGAUAUGUGGAAAGCUUGCCAAUUCUCUACGGCAACGAAUUUCGGUUUUUGAAGCGAAGAGAGCUAUGCACCACAUUCCCAAAUCAAGUUCCUGCUACUGGCCUUUCCAGUAUCCGCAGGGUUACGCUCUGGUGGACGCUAGGAGCGGAUAUCCAGCCGCACACGUCUUUGCAAAACAAAGCAAGAUACGAUUUGCUGUGGAGUGCGCUACGGUCCAAAUACACCGCGUUAACUCAUAUCCGCAUCUUCAUCGACUCGGCGUAUCUGCCACCGAUGAAAGACACAUCGAGGGGUAUUACUGGUGAUGCACAGAUUGAGAAAGACCGGCUGUUUCAGAAUGCGUGGCUCGAGGGAUUAGAAGCAAUGGUUGAAGCAAACAAGGACUUGGAAGUGUUUGAGGUGCAUUUCUACGUCAAGGUAUAUCGGAAAUUGAGGGACAGGGUGAAGCCAUGGCUGAAAGAGAAGGAAGAGGAACGAAAGGUCGACAAUGGUGCUGUCAGGUAUAAAGCGUACAAAUGCCGGAGUACGGCUAUCAAAUGGCAAGGUUGCCCCGACGGGUCAUAUGACGGAGUUAUGACGGAUCUCUCAGACGGGAGCUCGAAAAUAGGCAUCGAAGACGCGAAAUCUAGACCUGCAGAGUUCUGGUUGAAGAAAGCACGAGAAGCCGAGAAUCGGAAAUGA